AUGCGCGCCGUCCAACUCAAAGCCCCCGGCCCAGCAUCCAGCCUUCGCGUCGUCGACCUCCCGAUCCCAGUACCAAAAGAAGGCCAAGUUCUAAUUCGCGUCAAAUCAUUCGGCAUCAAUCGCUCCGAAAUCCUUACCCGGCAAUUCGGCCGUGCGCCAGUCGGCCCAGUGCAACUUCCCCGCGUACUCGGCGUCGAGGCGACAGGACUGGUCGAGGCGGCCCCUGGUCACGAGCAUGCGUUUCCCAAGGGCGCCAUCGCCAUGACUGCGGUCGGUGGUAUGGGGAUUGUGUUUGACGGAGGCUAUGCGCAGUUCGUGUGCGUGUCGAAAGACCAUGUGCUGCUCGUCGACGAGAGUGCCGCCAAGUUGGGUUGGGAAGUGCUGGGCGCGUUGCCGGAGAUGUUGCAGACGGCGCAUGGAUCUCUCUUUCGAUGCCUGAAGCUCACGGCCGGGGAUACCUUGCUGAUCCGUGGCGGCACUACAAGCGUCGGGCUCGCUGCAGCUGCCAUUGCAAAGGAUGCUGGCGCCAGAGUCAUUGCGACGACGAGACGAUCAGACUCUCAAACGAGGCAGAUCUUGCUGGAGAACGGCGCCAAUGAGGUCAUUGUCGAUGACGGCCAGGCCUUGCGCGAGCGAGUACUGAAGAUUCAUCCUUCUGGAGUCGACAAAGUGCUGGAUCUCGUUGGCGGAAGCUCAUUACCGGACUCACUAUCAUGCCUGGCGAACGACGGCAUUUGUUGCUUCACAGGUCUCGUGGGCGGCAGUGCUGCGGUCGCGGACUUCAACCCACUUGCCAUGAUCCAGACGGGGAAGUACUUGACAGCGUACGGCGAGCGGUUCUUCAAUGCUAGCAAUUUCCCUCUCAAGGAUCUCGUUGGACGUAUGGUAGAGGGCACUUUGAAGAUAAGGCUGGGGAAGGUAUUUCAGUUGGACGAUAUUGUGGAUGCUCACGAGUAUGUGGAGAGGAAUGAGAGUAUAGGGAAGGUUGUCGUCAUGACGGGAAUGUAG